GUAGCCCGGGGGCAGAGAUGGGCCGAAUUUGUGGGUCAGCGGGCCAGUGGUGUCGCGACGGGGAACCGGCAGUGCACGGUCGGGGGUGGAGCUGCCAAGGACGUCAUGGGGAGAACAGAGAGGCUUCUUCUGCUUCUAGUGCUGCUGGGUGUCCGUUCGUUCAGCAUUUCCUCCGGAGAGGAUACCGCUGAUGGAGGAACUGAGGCUAAGGCCGAGGAAACGUCUGCUCAGCUGAUAGCGGCGAUGGGACCGAUGGCACCACCAUCGACCCAGAUGUCAGCGCCAUCUACGUCGGUCCGCCGCCAGGGCCGCCAGUUCGGACGUCGGCUGAGCUCUCAGCUGCAGAGGCAGCUGGGAGCGCGCGGCCCCCCGGCCGGACCAGUGUUCAGUCGCAGUCCGUCAGUGGUAGCAGUGAGCGCGCCGACCCCGGCGGCGCCGGCCCGGCCGCCGGGGCUGGUCCGGCCGCCGGCCCUGGCGCCCGCCCCGGCCCCACCGGCUCCGGUACCCCCACCGUCUACCCCGGGGUACAGCGCCGCAGCACCGGCGGCGGUCAACCUCCCCGUGCCGGUGUCACCGCCGGUCGGCCCGCCCGGAGCCGUCAACUCUCAGGUGAUUUUCGCCACCCAGGGCGGCGCCCCGUCUCCCCCGCCCCCGCCGUCACCGCCGCCGCCAGCGCCCACGGUGGGGCCCACACUGGGCGACGGAGCCGUUCAGGCCACCGAUAUCCGCUGUCUGCAGAGCUCAUCUCGAGAACACCUGACGGCUACGGUCCUCUCGUCCCGGCCGCUGGUGGCGCCACCUGUGCUCACCCUCCGACCCGCCGUCAACCCGUUCAGCUCAGCUGUCUGCGCUAUGACGUCGUCACAAGAUGGCCGCCGCCUGGAGCUGGCUGUGACGAAUUUGGAAGCGUGUGGUGUGGAGAGCUGUGUGCAGCCGAGCGGCGAGCGCUGGCUGUGUCUGACCAUUCGGUUCCCGCUGAUUGCCGGGAUUCACCUGCCAGAGGAUGACGUCAUUCAGAUCCAGUGUCGGCCGCAGGAUCCCAGCCAGACGGCCGGCAAACAGCUGAUCGUGCAGGCCACCGGUUUCGAGAGUCUGUCGCCGGUCGAGUUCAGCGGCGGUCGGCAGGAGUUUGAGUGCGAGGUGGCGCUGUUCCGUCGGACCCCGGGCUCGGAGAUGUUCUCCACCGUGGUCGGAGCCGGAGAUACCAUCACACUGGGCGAGGAGCUCCACCUGCGCAGCAUCAUACGCGCCGGAGACGGCUGGCAGUUUAGUAAGCUCACGGACGUCCUCGUGGAGCGCGUGGCGGCGGACGGCGGGGGUCUCCCGUCAGACAGCGCCCCGCUGGUGUUCAGCGAUGGAUGUCGGAACCAGGACCUCACCCUGAUCGCUCCGGAUCACCCGGCUCGCCACCAGACCAACCAGCUGAUCAGCAACUUCGCCUUCCGCGUGUUCACCUUCCAGGGCAUGGAGUCGGGGGAUCGACUGCAGGUGUCAGCCAGAGUCACAGGAUGUGUCGAGGCCGCCGACUGCGCGCCGGCGGUGUGCUCGGACGGAGGUCAGGGUUAUGGCCGGAGGAGAAGGCGUGACACCCGUCUGAAUGGCGCCAACACCACCGACUGGCGCCAAAAUCUGGCCUUCAGCGUGGUCAUACCGGAUACUCACGUUCUGUCUCAGCGGACACUGCCGACCGCCGAGCCCCCGGUCCCCGUCGCCGCCCGACCCGGCGGCUGUCCGGCCGCGCUGCUGGCCUCGCUGGUCGCAGCGCUGGCCGGCUGCCUGCUGCUGCUGCUGAUCGCUGUCUGCCUGCUGAACGUCCGACAGCAGCGCCGGCUGAAGGCUGCUGGUCGUCAGAAACCCCCGCCGCCGCCGGAGCAGCAGCGCUGCGGUGGUCAGAUGGCGUACCACGAGUGUGUGACUCUGCCGCUAGGUGACUCUGAGGGUAUCGAGUGGCCGCCGAAUGGGUCACAGCGCUGGCCGCUGGAUGGAGCCAUAACAGCACCGCGGGGGCGCUGUACCGAGAGGCGACUGAGGCGCCGCCGAGCGGAUGUCAGAAGAAGCUUUAGUGCCGGCAGUCUCCGCUGUGGCUGUGCACAACGGGAGGGCAAAGGAGGGAGCGAAAAGACGGCUGCCAAACAGCCUGAGAAUGUGAAUGUCAGUAUUGUGAGGGUACCUGCUGAGGAGAAUAUUUAUUCGGAACCAAGACCUCAUUGGGAUGUCGCCCCUACCAUGGUUUGAUCGAUGUUCAAAGAGUGUGAGGUGUGCCUGACUACUUUAGAGGUUUGAAAUCAGACUGACUGAUGUUUUGGUACUGCCGGGAAUUGGUGUGGUUGAUUCGGAAUAGGGUGGCUUAAGUGCAGAAUACAGGAAGAACACUAUUUGCAAAUGAUGCAGGGUACAAGGAUCCCAUUGAUGUCGUCGAGUGCCGGAAGAAAAUGAUUUGCGGUUGGCUAUAGGUGCUGGCAGUGUUCUGGCCUUUUGUAUACCACAGGCCAAUGGCACUGAAUACAUUGCCAUCGGGAGUAUUCUUGUGCAAGGACAGUAACCAUGUUAACACAUCAGCUGAUGCAGAUUGGUUUUCAGGUUUAUGUAAUAUAUUUAUCAAGAG